UCAUCAAGGCAUGCAUUAAAUAAAUUCCAAAAAAAUGGCGGAAGAAGCGUCUCGAUCUAUAGAGUAUACACCAGCAUGGGUGGUCUCCGUUGUCUGCUUCAUCAUCGUUCUCAUUUCUUUUGUCGCCGAACGUGGCCUUCAUCAUCUUGGAAAGUUCUUCCGGGAUAAGAAACAAGAUGCCCUAUACGAGGCCGUGCAGAAAUUAAAAGAAGAAUUGAUGCUUUUGGGAUUUCUUUCCUUACUAUUGGCGGUGUUCGUAGGGCCUAUUCCAAUAAGCCAAAUUUGUAUUCCUGAAAAUCUUGCACUAAUAAUGCUUCCAUGCAAGCUGAAUGAAUCUGCUACUUCUAAUCAUUUCACUAUAAGGACUGGGAGACACCUUUUAUCUGGAGGUAACGGUGCAGACCAUUGUAGCCAUCAUAAGGGAAAAGCUCCACUAUUAUCGUCGGACGCAUUGCAUCAACUGCACAUUUUCAUAUUUGUAAUGGCAGUCACACACGUGAACUUCUGUGCCACCACCAUGUUUCUUGGAGCGGCUAAGAUACAAGAGUGGCGCCAUUGGGAGCACUCAAUUCAAAGGGAAUCAACGCCACAUCAGGUGCAUGUUCACCAUCUUCGAUCAUUCCUGGAUAGAGCUGGUAGACGUUGGAGGAAGCACGCUCUCAUUAGUUGGACGGUAGCAUUUUUCAAACAAUUUUAUGGUUCAGUAACCAAGUCAGACUAUACUGCCCUGCGGAUUGGAUUUGUGAGGAAACAUUGUCGAGACAAUCCUACGUUUGAUUUUCACAAGUAUAUGUUGGGGACACUAGAGCAUGAUUUCAAAAAGAUUGUCGGAAUCAGUUGGCACUUGUGGCUUUUUGUCGUUCUCUUUUUGUUGAUCAACAUUGCGGGAUGGAACUCUUUCUUUUGGCUAUCAUUUUUGCCUCUAUUUCUACUACUACUAGUGGGAACAAAAUUGGAACACAUAAUAACAGAAUUGGCUCAAAAGAUUGAUGGGGGGUCGUCAGUAGUUAGACCUUCUGAUGAGUUGUUUUGGUUUCACAAUCCAACUCUUGUACUUCACCUCAUUCACUUCAUUUUGUUCCAAAACUCCUUUGAGAUUGCUUUCUUCUUCUGGAUUUUGUGUACUUAUGGACUCAAAUCAUGCAUCAUGGAAGAUUUGGGUUUCAUUAUCUCAAAACUUGUUAUUGGGGUAAUUGUUCAAGUUCUUUGCAGUUACAGUACUUUGCCCUUGUAUGCUCUUGUCACACAGAUGGGAAACACAUUUAAGGAAGAAAUAUUUGAUAAGCAAACAGAAAGGGAUCCGAGGGAGUUGGCAUCAGGUGGUAGAGCUGGUUCAUCAACCCAAAAUAGGAUGGUCAUGGAAACACUAGAAAGCAUCUGUGUUUCUAAGAGACUCAAUGAAAUUGAAGACAUUUCAUCAACUGUUGAGCUUUCUUAUCCAAACAAGCCUCACACUACUCCUUAAUUGUACAGUUAUUGUUUUUUCAGAGUGAAAAGAAUAAGGAUGAACAGCACAUUAUUUUUCAAGAGUAAACAUUGUUUUCA